AUGGACGCGAGCGAGAGCGGUGGCGGUGGCGGUGGCGCGGGGGUUGGUCGUGGGGGCAGAAGGUGGAAGGGCAAAAGCGUCAUGCCCAUACAGCCGCGGCGGCAGCUGGCGCCGGUGAUGGAGGACGCGUCGGCGGCACUGCUGCGCCCGCUCAAGAAGAUCGGACGGGCGCCGGACCGCUUCCAGCGGUCCGCGUCGUCGCUGUCGACGACGACGUCUUCGUCGGCCCCACCUUCCCCUCGCGCCAGAGCUGCAGGCGCCACCUCGCCGGCGCCGCUGUCGCCGCCCUCGGCGCGGCAUCUGUUCCCGUUCGCGUACGAGCCCUCCUCCACGCCGGUGGGCAGCGCCCCGCGGCUGGAGCUCCCGCCGUGGCAGCACUCCGCCAGCGUGUCAUCACAGCCGGCGGAGUCGCCACAGCAGCAGCAGGCUCAUCAAGCGCCGUUGCAGCGCCAGCAGCAGAUGAUAUCGUUCGGCGCGCCGACUCAGUACCAGGCGCAGCUGUUGCUGCCGGAGGGCCCGCAGCAGCAGCAGCAUCUGCUGCGGUACUGGAGCGAGGCGCUGAACCUGAGCCCGCGCGGCGGGUUGGCCGCGGGCGUCCUGCCUUCGCUGUACCAGCACCUGCUGCGCGCUCCGCCGCCGCCGCCUCAGAAGCUGUACCGCGGCGUGCGGCAGCGGCACUGGGGGAAGUGGGUGGCCGAGAUCAGGCUGCCGCGGAACCGCACGCGACUCUGGCUCGGCACGUUCGACUCCGCCGAGGACGCCGCCAUGGCCUACGACCGCGAGGCCUUCAAGCUCCGCGGCGAGAACGCGCGGCUCAACUUCCCGGACCGGUUCUUCGGGAAGGGCCACGCCGGGGGAAGCGGCCGCACCAGCGCGGCAUCCGCAGCCGCGCCGACAGCUGCCGCUGCGUCGGGCUCCACGUCGUCGUCGUCGCCUCCACAGACUCCUGGCGAGGAAAACACGCAGCAAACGCCGCCGGACGCAGAAGGAUCGUCGGACAAGCAGCCACAGCCUGCUGUUGCGACAUCGUCGUGGCUAGAAGGCAGCUCUGGUGAGACGACCUUGCCAGACUCGGGUCAAAUGAUUCACUCGCCGGAGGCUCCUGCUUGCAGCGAGUGGGGUCCGGCCGACGAGGCAUGGCUCAGCGCGUGGGGCCCAGGAAGCUCCUUCUGGGACUACGACAUUGAUAGCACUCGCGGCCUCUUUCUCCAUCACGGGCGCUUCGCCGGUGAUGAGGCCGGCAUAAACACAGCGACAACUGCGGCGGCAACCGGGACGGACAUGUCAUGCGAUCACGUCCCGGUAACACCUGCUUCUUCUUCUUCCCCACUGAACUCACAGUCUCCUCAUUCGCCUACCUUCAUGGACUAA